UGUAUUUAUAGAGAAAUGUCAUAGCAAAGAAAUAAACAACUGAUAUUAAUAAGGAAAACUAAGAUCAAUUUUAUGCUUACCUUGUAUGAUUCUCAUGAAUUUUCGACAUCUGCCAUCUUCUUUGUUUUCUCCACUUAUUUUCUUCUAUUUGCUUUUUUUUUAUAGAAGACAUAACCAGAAGUAGCAGUCAACCCCACGGCAAUUCUAGAAGGGCCAUGUUGUUUGUUUGAACUGUCUCCGUCCUACUGAGCACAUUAUCCAUGGUUAACGAGCUUCGAUUAGUUCCUUAAUUUGCCGCAAGUUUGCCAGAAUUUUUGCCAAACCGAGUUUGCCUGUAGUGUGGGCCCAGCAUAAGAAAUGAGCAGAUAAUACAGCAUAAAGUUUUAUUCAGGGCCAAUACUUCUUUGUAAUUUCUCUUCUCUUGUAUAUGUUAUAACAGUUAAUUACCUUCCGUAUAUUGUAUGUUUUCAAAACAUUGCAUUAUUUAUACUGUUAUCAGCUGAAAUAUAUUUUUCAUACAUGUUAGAUAAAAAACUUGCAAUUACGUUUUAGUUUGACUUUGUGAUGGAAGUUGAAGAUGAUGAGGGUGUUUAUAGACUUGAAGGUGUUGAAGAGAAACAAGGGGGGCUUAUUAUCAAAAAGAAACCUGACCCUCAAGGAAGUUUCCAAUUCAAAGUCCCACAAACUUCUUUGCUUGGUUUAGAUAGGCUUGCAGCUCUUCGCAGAAAAGAAAGGGAAAAUGAUGAAAAAAAGGAGGCCUCUAAGAAAUUAAAAGAAGAGCAAGAAAAUAAAGCUAACUUUGUGAAACCAGAAAAACACGGAGACAGGCAUUAUAGAGAAAAAUAUGACGAGACUCCUACUCAUACAGGAGGUGUCACAAGAGAGGCCAAAGAAAGAAUGGAAGAAAGACGAAGGAAAGAGGAAAAGAAAAGAGGAAUCCAUGUUACAUCAGACGUAAAGGAACGUAAUGAAGAUAGUGACUCUUACAGAAAGGAUUUCAGGCGAGAAAGAGACAAGGAAAGAGAUAGGCAUCGUGAUAGACACAGGGACAGAGACAGAGAUAGAGAUCGUGAAAAAGAACGUAACCGAGGAGAUAGAGAUCGUGAAAGGAGAAGGGAUCGACAAAAUGAAGAUAAGAAUGAUUAUAGAAGUGAACGUAACUAUAACAGGUCUCAAAGGUCUUGGUCCGAAUCUCCAAGAUUCAAAGAUGAGCCUCUGACGCCCAUGUUUUCUGUUAAAGAUACUCCGUCAAGAACUGGUUGGGAAGAAGAUGAAGUUUCUACACCUUCUGCAAAGUCUUCGUGGGAACAUCCAACACCAAAGGCAGAACCAAGAGAAGAUGACUGGUCUAUGAGAAGACCUACCCCUGCUCAUAGAUUCAACAGUUGGGCACCAGAAAGAUCAAGAACUGGAGCUACACCUUUAGCUGGCAAAGAGGAAGAGGUUCCUUGGGGUUCAGAGAAAGAUCGCCUUCUUUGGGAAGAGGAACAAAAAAGGUUGGAUAGAGAGUGGUAUGGAUUGGAUCAGGGCAUUGAAGAAGGUAGAGACCCCUUCGGUGCUGUCAGCCAGGAGUACAUCACAAAACGGGAGCGUCAGCUGGAGCGGUCAAAGAAGAAGAGGAUGUCAGCCCAGCAGCGUCAGAUUAAUAAAGAUAAUGAGCUAUGGGAAAGGAAUAGGAUGUUGACGUCUGGAGUGGUUCAAAAUCUUGAUCUUGACGAAGAUUUUGAUGAGGAAGCAGAAGCCAGAGUCCAUCUUUUGGUGCACAACAUCGUACCUCCUUUCUUGGAUGGUCGCAUUGUAUUUACCAAACAACCAGAACCAGUAAUACCUGUUAAGGAUCCAACUUCAGACAUGGCAUUGGUCUCAAGGAAGGGAUCGGCACUGGUCAGAGCCUACAGGGAACAAAAAGAGAGGAAAAGGGCCCAAAAGAAACACUGGGAACUGUCAGGAACAACAAUUGGUAACAUCAUGGGAGUUCCAAAGAAAAAAGAUAAGGAAGAUGACAAAAUAGAUGGUGACGUUGAGGCCGACUAUAAAACAAGUCAAAAAUUUGCUGAGCAUAUGAAAGAUAUGGCACCAGCCGCCAGCGAAUUUGCCAAAAAGAAGACUAUUCAGCAACAGAGGCAAUACCUUCCUGUUUUCGCUGUCAGGGAAGAGUUACUGAAUAUAAUACGUGAAAACAGCGUCGUAGUUGUUGUUGGUGAAACAGGUUCUGGUAAGACCACUCAGUUGACCCAGUACUUACACGAAGAUGGCUACUCCAAAUCAGGAAUGAUAGGAUGCACCCAACCGAGGAGGGUCGCCGCAAUGUCAGUGGCAAAGAGAGUGUCUGACGAGAUGGCUUCACCAUUAGGAAAGACUGUGGGAUAUGCUAUUCGGUUUGAAGAUUGCACAUCGGAGGACACUGUGAUAAAAUAUAUGACAGACGGUAUCCUGUUGAGAGAAUCGUUAAGAGAGCCUGAUUUGGACAAUUACUCUGCAAUUAUAAUGGACGAAGCUCAUGAAAGAUCGCUCAACACAGAUGUACUCUUCGGACUUCUGCGGCAGGUGGUCGCCCGGAGGCAAGACCUCAAGUUAAUCGUCACUUCAGCCACUAUGGACUCCUCAAAGUUUUCCAUGUUUUUCGGACAUGUCCCUGUCUACACUAUCCCUGGAAGGACAUUCCCUGUCGAGGUCCUUUUUGCCAGAAAUGCGGUCGAGGACUAUGUUGAAGCAUCAGUCAAGCAAGCAUUGCAGAUUCACCUUCUACCAACCAAGGGAGACAUUCUCAUAUUCAUGCCUGGCCAGGAAGACAUUGAAGUUACCUGUGAAGUGUUAGGAGAGAGACUGGCUGAGAUAGAUGCUGCACCUCCGCUAUCUAUUUUGCCCAUCUACUCCCAGCUGCCAUCUGACCUGCAAGCCAAAAUCUUUCAAGCCUCACCUGAUGGAGUGCGCAAGUGUGUUGUAGCUACGAACAUCGCUGAAACGUCUUUAACAGUUGACGGUAUUAUGUAUGUUGUGGAUUCUGGAUAUUGCAAGCUGAAAGUGUACAACCCUAGAAUAGGUAUGGAUGCCUUACAGAUCUAUCCCAUCUCCCAGGCUAACGCCAACCAGCGUUCUGGAAGAGCUGGUAGGACGGGACCUGGUCACGCUUAUAGGCUUUAUACUGAACGGCAAUACAAGGAUGAACUCUUAACUUCAACAGUACCGGAGAUUCAAAGGACCAAUUUGGCUAACACUGUUCUAUUGCUUAAAUCGUUGGGCGUCCAAGAUCUGCUACAGUUCCAUUUUAUGGACCCACCUCCUCAGGAUAACAUCCUUAAUUCUCUUUACCAACUGUGGAUCCUCGGAGCUCUUGACCAUACAGGAUCAUUGACACCUCUCGGCAGGCAGAUGGCCGAAUUCCCCCUAGAUCCACCACAGUGUCAGAUGUUGAUAGUGUCGAAUCAGAUGAGAUGUACUGCUGAAAUUCUUAUUAUCGUUUCAAUGUUGUCUGUCCCAACAAUUUUUUAUCGACCUAAAGGAAGAGAAGACGAAGCAGAUAGUGUUAGAGAGAAAUUUCAAGUCCCAGAAUCUGAUCACUUAACCUAUUUAAAUGUUUAUAAUCAAUGGAAGCAGAACAAAUAUUCUUCAACGUGGUGUAAUGACCACUUCAUUCAUGCUAAAGCAAUGAGGAAGGUCCGCGAGGUUCGCCAGCAGCUCAAAGACAUCCUGGACCAACAGAAGAUGGAAGUGAUUUCAUGUGGUACUGACUGGGACAUAGUCAGAAAGUGCAUUUGUUCAGCCUACUUUCAUCAAGGGGCUCGCCUCAAAGGAAUAGGUGAGUACGUUCACUUGAGAACAGGAAUGCCUUGCCAUCUCCAUCCUACUUCUGCUCUGUUUGGAAUGGGAUUCACUCCUGACUAUGUUGUCUACCAUGAGCUAGUUAUGACUUCCAAGGAGUACAUGCAGUGUGUUACUGCAGUAGAUGGGGUUUGGCUGGCCGAACUAGGUCCAAUGUUCUUCUCCAUCAAAGAAACUGGCCGUUCUGGCUCAUCUAAGAGACGAGAGGCUAUGGAGGGAAUGGAAGCUGAAAUGGAGGCCGCACAGAAACAAAUGAAGGAUCGUGAGCGACAAGCUGAAGAAGAACGAGGCCGCUGGUCCAAAAGGAGCUCUCAGGUGGCAGAACCAGGAGCACCCGGAAGCACGCCACACAGGACUCCUCUCAGGCUUGGCCUAUAGGAUCCCUUCCAGAAACUAUUAUUGCAACAAUCAGACAUAUUUGUUUUACUUAUUUUUAUUUUUGUAAAUACUUUUAUUUAAUCAUAAUUGUUGUACAUAGUCUCUUUUAAAAUAAAUACUCUUAGUAUAAGUUAUCAUAUAUUUUUUUUUUAAUCCAACCUUUGACAUAUUUGAGAAGAACACAUAAGAAUAUUAACAAGCUUUUCCUGAUUUUUUAAUUGUAUUUAUUAUAAAAUAAAAUAGCAUUAGUGAUGUAAAAUCCCUUAUGAACUUACAAGUUGAGUUGCCUGAGAAUUCCUUUUUUUUUUUAAUUUUAUUUUAUAAUUAAAAAUUAAAAGUUUGUUUUAAAUUUGUAUGAUUUUAGAGUUUGGUAUAUGAAUUUCAAUUGUCAUAUAAUUUUUUUUAAAUGUUAAUAUAUGUUAUUAAAGAAGUCGCAUUACAAUCCUAGAAUAAUAAAAAAACAAUAAAAAUUUGCAUACAAUAUUCGUACUCAUUAUACAGUAGUCCCAAUAUUCUAGAUUAAAUUAGACCAUGUCACCAGAAAUCUGUAUAUAACAGCAUUUAUAGCAAAAUGUACAAAAAUAUUUUAAUGGUUAUUUUUUUCUUAAAAACAAAUUUUUCUUUCUGCUUAACUGUAUUUUCAAUGUUAUAUCUUAAAC